UUUCUCGAGAUUAUGAAUUCUAAAAACAGUUCACUUAUAGUUUUCAACAUGAGAGCAUUACUGUUUUUCUUCACUUUUUAUUUUGUCGGAUUAUCAGAAUCUAAAUAUUUUAAAACACAAAAUGGUCGGACAUUUUUUAUAGAAAAAAGGGAGCAGUAUACCUGGUUUGAUGCCGUUUUUGAAUGUAGCUACCGAUCCAUGCAUUUAUUUUCGCUGGAAAAUGAUAUCCAAUUUAAGGAUUUGCAAACGCUUCUGAUAAGCGAUGAUUUAAACAUUGGAAAUACCAGCAUUCUCUGGUUGGGGGCAGUCGGGGUAAAUGGUAAAUUUACCUGGCUGAACUCUUGGCGCCCUUUAACCGAAUUUCAUUUAUGGAAGCCUGGAAAUCCCGACAAUUAUCGCGGCAAAGAAAAUUGUCUGAAUAUUAAAAAGGAUAUGCUGAUCAAUGAUUUGGAUUGUGAAACUCAGUGUGGAUUUAUUUGUGAAAACAACAAUAAUGCGUAUCAAAAUCCAAACAAAUACAAUCAUUUAAAAAUUGUUAUACAAAAUAAUCGAAAUGGAUUCUAAUAAAUGUGUAAGACAAGAUUGAGCUCUAAA